UCCGCAGUUUGGCUGCAUUGUACCUAACAGCCAUUUAGCCCCACUGUGCUGUUUGUCUGUCUGUUGCUGUCUGUGCGUCUGUUAACAGGAAUAACGCCGAUGUGGAAACUCUGGGAAUAUCACAUCCACUCAUGGAAUACCUGGGAAUAGUUUUGUUUUCGUCCAGGCCCGAGAACUGACUCCAAAAUGUCGGUGUUUCCCGCUGUUUUCCAGUUUUCUCCGGGAUGUGAGCGUGUGAUGGCUGCGGUCCAGUGAACUGGGAGCACGUUGACUGGUCUGCCCGUUCAAUCCACCAGUUCUGGAGCUUGUCUCCGCUGUUUCAUUGGGAUUACCGGGGCCCAUGGAGUGUACAUGAACACGGUUCGGAUAGGGAUUUCAAACGGGAAUUGAAGACGUGUGAACCCUGCAGCCCUAGUGUCACUACAUCUUGUCAGCAUGGUAUGAAGAACCGUUGGAGCUGCUGAGGUGUCUGUGGGUUGAUGUGAAGGAAGCGAUGUGGGGAGCAGGGUGGAGGCGCGGGGUCCAGCCCUGAGGAGGCGUCCUGCGGCUGGGAGGAGCGUGGCCCUCCUGUGGCCCUCCUGCGGCGCUCCGGGACGCUCCUACUAAGAUGUCCCUCAGCAGCGGCCCUGCAGGCGGGAAAGGUGUGGACUCCAACGCGGUGGACACGUACGACAGUGGCGAUGAGUGGGAUAUCGGUGUUGGCAAUCUGAUCAUUGACCUAGACGCCGACUUGGAGAAGGACAAACUAGAGAUGUCGAGCAGUAAGGAGGGAGGGGGCAUGGCGGCCCCUCCCAGUGCAGUGGCUGCUUUACCUGACAAUAUAAAGUUUGUUAGUCCUGUAGCCGCUGCGCAGGGCAAAGAGAGCAAAUCCAAAUCCAAACGUAGUAAAAACUCUAAGGAGAGCGUUAAGGCCCCAGUCUCAGACGGAGCUAAGAAAGAGGUUCAGAGUCGGGCCCCCGGGGACCCUCCACCCCAGAACCCCAACUCUACCCCCACCAAGGGAACUGACAAGUCUAGUAAACCCUCUCGAACCCUCCCUGCUGUGAAAAAGGACAAAGAUGGGGUGUCUGGGAAAACUAAAAAGGAUAAAAUGGAGGUUGUGGCCACAGGAGUGGUGAACACUGAGAAAGAGUCUGUGGCCCCCAUCCUGCCAUUAGGGGCCCCUCGCAGUGGGCCCUUUGAGGGCCAACAAAACCCUGAGUUAGCUGCAGCCGAGCAGCUCGGGAAUAUGGCACUGGACUCGGCAGGGAUUGGCCAGCCUGUCACCAUGAACACAGAGCAAGGGGAGGUGGACAACGGUGAAUGCCGAAAUCUGAAGAAAGUCGUCGGUGUGAAGAUGGAGUCUCCGGUCUCCACCCCUGCUCCUCCUCCCCUCCACCUCCUCGCUCCCAUCACCAGCAGUGACAUCUCGUCUCCCUGUGAGCAGAUCAUGGUGCGCACGCGUUCAGUAGCAGUUAACACGGCGGACGCUGCACUGGCGACCGAGCCGGAGUGCCUGGGACCCUGUGAGCCAGGCACCAGCGUCAACCUGGAGGGCAUCGUGUGGCAGGAGACUGAGGACGGCAUGCUGGUUGUCAACGUCACCUGGAGGAACAAGACGUAUGUUGGGACCCUGCUGGACUGCACAAGGCAUGACUGGGCUCCUCCGAGGUUCUGUGAGUCUCCCACCAGUGACGUGGAGAUGCGGAGUGGCCGUGGUCGGGGAAAGAGGAUGCGUCCCAGCAGCAACACUCCAUUGAACGACAACAGCAACUCCUCAGACAACAAAGGCAGCGGCAGCAGCAAGACACGUGGUGCAGCUGCCAACAGCAAAGGUCGGCGAGGCAGUCAGACGGCCGGCGGCGCCGAGGACGUCAAGGCCAGUCCUUCCUCUGCUAAGAGGAAGACCAAACCUGCCUCUGAUAUGGAACCCACCUCCAGCUCAGAGGACACCAAGGCUUCAAAGCGAAUGAGGACUAAUUCCACAGGUGCUGCUCUUCCCCUCCCCGGAGGUAAAUCUGACCCCCUGCCCCCUCCACAGCUGGAUCGGACCUGUUCCUCCCCCGUGCUCAUAGACUGUCCACAUCCCAACUGCAACAAGAAGUACAAGCACAUCAAUGGGCUGAAGUACCAUCAGGCUCGAGCCCAUAACGACCACGAUGUCCGGUUGGACCAGGAUGGCGACAGUGAAUAUGGAGAUGAACCCGCCCUCCACCCUGACCCUGCCUCCUGCAAUGGUGCCGCCAUCUCCCCCGCCCGCUCCACUACACCGAAGGGACGGGGGUUUGACGCCCCAUCCCCCUCACCAGGCAAACUGACAUCAAAGGGGAAGAAGAAGACGGGUGAGGCUGAGCCCGAGGUGACGGAUGGCGGUGAGGAGGGGGCGUGUUUGACAGACGAGGCAAGUAACGACGGGAUGGACGACAGAAAGUCCAAGAAGAUGGCAGCUGGAGGAAAGUCUGAAAAACUGACCCAGAAAGGCCUGAAGCCGGCCCGACCUGUGGCCCCCUCAGUUCCCAGCGCCCCCUCGCCCUACGCCCUGCAGGCGUCCUCUCCUGCUGUGGGCUCAGUGGUUCAGUCUGUCCCCAAGAGCCCUCAGCUGAAGACCAUGCAACCUAAACCCCCUCCACUGGCUGACCCCGCCUCCAGCCCCACCCUCCCCAAGGACAAGAAGAAGAAGGACAAGAAGAAGCGGGAGGGAGGGAAGGAGGGGGACAGUCCCAAGUCGAUGGGUAAGGGAGGGAGGCCAGAGGAGGGGAAGAGCCCAUACUCUGACUCGUCUGACCCUUUGCUCAAUGGCUCCUCAGAAGCUCAUCAGAGCCGGCUGGCUAGCAUCAAGGCCGAGGCUGACAAGGUGUACAGCUUCUCAGAUAACGCUCCCAGCCCAUCCAUCGGCGUGGCCAGCAGGAUUGAGGCCGGCCUCGGGCCUCCACACCUCAACCAAAAUGGAGCCGACAAUGCGUCCGUCAAAACCAGCAGUCCCGCCUACUCCGACAUCUCUGACGCAGGAGAGGAUGGAGAGGGAAAGGCAGAGGGGGUGAAGGUCAAGUCUGAGCCUGACCAGGGGGCUCGUGAAGGAGCCAAAAAGGCGCUGUUCCCGCCACAGGCUCCCAGCAAGGAUUCACCCUACUACCCCAACUACGAUUCCUACUACUCUCCCAACUACCCCAACCCCAGCCCAGGAGCAGCACCCACAGCGCCACCUCAUGUGGAAGGAGCUCAGGUAAAGGUGAAGAAGGAGGAGGAGCAGCCAGAGGUGGGGGAGGAGCUCAAACUGAAGGUGGAACCUCAAGAGGAGAGGAAGGUGGAGCCAGGACUUCAGCAGCCGUCAGUCAUCCAGCAGCGCUCCAACAUGUACACCCAGCCUCUGUAUUACAAUCAGUACUAUGUCCCCCCGUACUCCUACGCACCCGACCAGGCCUACCACGCCCACCUGCUGGCCUCUAACCCCGCCUACCGCCAGCAGUACGAGGAGAGGCAGCGGCAGGCCGACAAGAAGGCUGAGGGCAAAGAACGGGAAGCGAGUGGGAAAGAGGAGUGGAAGCAGAAGGCCUCGGUGCCGCCCACCCUGUCCAGAGCCCCCAGCCUCACAGACUUGGGCGCUAAGGGGGUGUUGAACCCAGCAAAGCCCAAAGAGCCCCCACAAGCCUCUGAACAGGCCAAGUCGGUCAUCAUGUCAAAGGGAGAGGACCCCAAGGCCCUCAACGCCCAGCCUGAGGGUCUAAAGAUGAAGCUGAGUGAAGCAGGGCAUCAUGGGAAAGAGGAGACCAAGCCAGGGGUGGAGUCCAACAGGCCGACUGGUGUAGAACCCGCCUUGUGGUACCGACAGGAGCCGGACUCGCGCUUGUGGCCCUACGUUUACCCCAACAAAUACUCAGAAGCGCCUAAACCGCAGGAGGAGGACAGGUGGAAGGAUGAGAGGGAGAGGGAGAGGGAGCGCGACAGGAAAGGGAAGGAGGAGCGGCAGCGGCCAAAAGAGGGCCUCUUGAAAGAGGAGGUGAAGGAAGGGGCGGAGGGUAGGACUCAGGUGCCUCCAGAGGAGCACCGGGGAGGAGGGAAGGAGGCCCGCCCCCCCCACAUGCAGUUCUCCUCCCCCCUGGCCCAGCACCAGAGCUACAUGCCCUACAUGCACGGACCCUACGCCUACAGCCACGGCUAUGAGCCCAGCCACCCCGGCUACAGAGGCAUGCCCUCCGUCAUGAUGCAGAACUACCCCGGCUCGUACCUGCCGGCUGGUUACUCCUUCCCCUCGUAUGGAGGGAAGGUGGCAGCGGGGGAGGAGGGAGAGAAGGCGUCCAGGUCCAGUCCCACGGUGAAGCCGCCCAGUGAGGCCAAAGCUCUGGACCUGCUGCAGCAACACGCCAGCCAGUACAAGAGCAAAUCCCCGUCCAUCCAAGACAACAAGACCCCACAUGAGAGGGAGCGAGAGAGAGACCGGGACAGAGACAGGGAGCGAGAGAGAGACCGGGAGAGAGAAGGCGACAGGCCGCGGUCCUCGCCGUCCCAACGCAUCCUGCCGACCCAUCAUCACCUGGGCUACCCGCUGCUGCCGGGACAGUACGACCUGUCAUACGCCUCAGGCCUCUCCUCCUCAGCCAUAGUCGCCAGUCAGCAAGCGUCUGCCCCGUCCAUGUACCCCCCCGCACGGAGGCAUACCUGAUUGGCUGACCUCCACCCCGCCCGGAGUCAUGUGACCACAUCACAUGAGGAAGCGUUUCUGUUUCAACAUCAGUUCAAUGGUGUUUGUGUACGUUUGAUUUCUCUGCCUGGACGUCCAGCCAGCUGAGCCGCCCCUCGCUGGACUGCUGAGGCUUCAGGAGGACUGAAGGCCUGAUACUGGUUCUACUGGUCCUGCUGCUUCCAGACGGUACCUUGGUGCUCGGGUGGGUGGGCAGUGGAGGCUGUGUUGUUUUGGAGGCAGGCGAGUCGGACAGUUCGGGGCGGCAGCAAGGAGCGUUCAGAGUCAUGACGGCAUCCUGCUGCAGUUGAGGCGGUCGCGGGGGCAGUCACUUCCUGUUAGCCAAGCCUUUGGUUGCAUGGCACCCUUCUGUGACGCCAGACUUUAUCCACAGUGACCUCUGACCUCUGAGAACCAGCGACUCGGCCCUGAACGCCACAGGACGUCGUUACGCUUUGACCUGGAAGUACCUCAGCUUCACAGGAAAUUUAAAAAAUACUGUGGGCGGAGGAGGACGGACCAAUCAGAGGACAGCGUUCGUACUGAUGCUGCAUCCUCAGACUGACGGGCGGCGUCAGACUCCUCCUCCUCCUCAGUGUGUAGCUGUACUGUACUCUGUGUAUGUAUGUGUGUGUGUGCGUGUGUGUAAAUACUGUACAGAGGAAUUAUUUUAAAGAGCCUGUUGGAUGCUGUUCGAUUUCCUACUCUUCUUUUUGUCUGGUAGCCUCUGCCUCUGUUUUUCUACUGUUGUUGAUCUGAUAUUAAACCUGUAGCUGGUGGCGCCCGAA